GAAACGGCUAAGAAAUCUUCGUCUCACACAGACGAGACGACUCAGCAAACAAAGAGGGAAGGCAUUAGCCAUAGUAGUGAAGCAGCAUAAUUAGGAUAAGAGCAGGAGGUGGAAAUAGCCGCUAAAGAAGAGGAAGAAGACGAUGACGUCGUCGCCGGCCUCCACCAACCUGCUCCCCUCCGCAACUGCGGUAUCCCUCCUCCCAUGCCGCGUCUCCCCGCGGCUCUACUGCGCCGGCGGCGGAGCUCUGACUUGGAGAAGAGGGAGCCGCCUGGCGGUGGUGCGCGCGGCCAGCGCGGAGGCGGCGGCGCCCACCUACACCUCCGACUCCCUCAUCCUCUACUUCAAAGCGGAGGGCUUCAUGGACGAGAGGGUCAUUCCCAAGAUCACCGAAUCUCUUGAGGGUAUGGAGGGGGUCAAGGAUCUGGAGGUGCUCAUUGAAGAAGGCAUUGCAAGUGUUGUGUUAACAAAGGAGACAACGGUGCAAGCUACCGGAGUGGCCUCUAACCUAGUGGAAGCCAUCCAGGGAGCUGGGUUCAAGCUGCAAACACUAAGCCUCAGCUUUGACGAUUUCGACGAGGCAACAACAGGAGCAGGAGGUGAUGGCGAACCCAGCGAGUGAGCUUGUUUGUGCUGACCUGCGCUGUGCCAAAUGCAUAUAAUUUGCUCUCAUUGCCAAUGGUUCCUUCUUUCUCCUUUUUGUUUAGUUACUGUACCCCGUUGCCUCGUAAUUUUUCGAGCAUGACUUCUUAAUUUCUAGCAAAUGGUCAAGAAAGGAAUGAUUUUUAUUUUUUUACUUUUGUUUAUUUUUUAUUCACAUGAGUGUUGUGCAAGUUUUAUAUAUGGAAGGUUAAUAGUCAUGUAGUCAA